GCAGAACCAUUCAGUCUUGUUGUUGACUUACUGUCUCCUUCAGAAGGGUUUCUUCUUUCUCUUCUUCUUCAUCUUCUUCUUCAUCUUCUUCUUCAUCUUCUUCUUCAUCUUCUUGUCGAAGAUAGGCAACAAUAUCUGUCGACGACGAUUAGGUACCUAGCGGGCCUGGGAGCAUUGCGAAUGAUGGGCAAGGACGGGUUGGCAAGUACUCCCGCCAUUGGAAUCGACGUGGGUACGAGUCAUACUUCCGUUGCCGUGUGGCAAGACGGUAAAGUGAGCGUGAUUCCGGACGAGCGCAAUGUUCGACGGAGCCCUGCGUACGUCGGCUUCACUGACACACAGCGCUUCGUGGGCAGCAGAGCGCUUCUAGAAGGCGAAAACCAUGCUGAGAAUUCGACUUUCGAGUUGAAGCGGGUUAUCGGCCGCUAUUACGACGACUCGGCUCUACAGGAAGCAAUGCAAUGGUGGCCUUUCCGCGUCUUAAGCGGUAAGGAAAGUGACAGUCACAGUCUACCGGUGAUCGCAAUAGACACUGAGAUAGAUAGAAGACGAAGUUUCACGCCUGAGGAGCUGCUUGCUAUGCUUCUGAUGAAGAUCAAGAAACAAGCAGAGCAGCAUUUGCGAAUGGAGGCGAUGGAGUUGAGCGCAGUUAUAACCGUCCCAGCAUGCUUCAGCAACUCGCAGAGGCAGGCCACCAAAGAUGCAGCGAGGAUAGCGGGCUUGAAAGUACUACGUCUAACGAGCGAACACGUGGCAGCGACUGUACACUACGCUUACGAAGCUCUCCUGAAGAUGCAUGGAGUACCGUCUGCUGUCGUUUCGAGUUCCUCGGAGAGUGAUGGAAGGAUGAAUGGAGAAGGCAGCUCGGCAAUCGGUCUCCAGAAGAAGCUGAUGGUCUUCCAUCUAGGGGGUGGCGCCUUCGAUGUGUCUGUCAUUGCCUUAGACCUGUGUGGUGGUGCAGAGAAGACACCGGCAGGUACUGAGAUGAUCAAAGUCUUGGCAGUUUCGGGUGACGUCAAUCUGGGGGGAAUGGACUUCGACGUACGGAUGAUGAAGAUCGUAGAAGGGAAGCUGCAACAACAGCAUGGCAUCGAUGCAUCGCGGCUGGCUCCUCGUGAUCGGUGGAGACUUAGGAGCGCGUGUGUGCAAGCCAAGGAAAAGCUUUCCAUGCUGACCAACGUUCCGGUCGAGCUCGAGUUUAGAUCGGGCGUCGAUGGAGGGAGGAUAGAUUUCAUGGCUAUGGUGACAAGGAAGGAGUUCGAGGAAUCGACCAUCGAUCUCAUUCGGAGAAUGCAUGGGUGCGUGAGAAAUGUACUGACAGACUCCAUGGUACGCGCGAGCGACAUCGCUGAGGUGGUGAUGAUUGGCGGGUCUACACGCAUGCCUAUGAUUGCUGCUCUUCUACGGCGACUGGUCUCUGGGAAACGGCAGAAGACGCACCCGGACGAGAUUGUCGUCCAGGGAGCAUCCAUACACGCGGCAACCCUGCACGCUCACUGCCGGGAUAAACCUGACAGGAGUAACGCCGUCGUGGACGCUGCGUGUGCCGCGUGGCUGCGUCUGAGAACGUCAGUGAUCGCUGACGUACCGCCGUUCGAUCUCGAAGUGUGUGAUAGCAAUGGUUGGGUCAGGAGCACCAUACAUACAAGGAGAAUGGUUAUGCCAUGUAACCAACGCUUUCAUUGUUCCGAUGGAGACUUCCUCAUGUUGAAGCCGAUGAGCUCACAGCGCAGUUGUCCUACCCAUGCAGAUGACGAUGGCCGCAGUGCGUGCGUGCGGCAGCGCGACAUCCGUCCCUCGGUCAAGCUUCUGUCUGCCUCAGCUCGGUCCCCGCCUGUCGAGCAACAUGCGAUUCUCAGUGUACGUGUCGACAACGACGGUGUCUUCGAGUUCAGUCCAGAACCGUCCAUUUCGUUGCCAUUGUCGUGUAGGGUCCUCCCACGUGUCCGGCAGGUGCAGCACGACACGUGGGUGAACAAGAAGCGUAAGUUUGAACUUGACGUUCGAGUCCAGAAGCCGUGGUUGGGACUCAGCAAAGCACAGAUGGAGGAGAUCGACCAUGAUAAUCGACGGUACAAGCAGUUGGAACGAGAUCUGUCGGAGAGAUCAGCGGCUCGACACUCUCUCGAAGCGUACGUCUACCAAUCUGAACAGAUGGUGGGACAAUGGCUGUCAGAUAGAUGGGGAAGAUCGAGAGCUGAAGAGCAGUUGGAUCAACUGACCACUUGGCUUAAGAGUAACGCAACCACGUCCGUCGAUUCACUCGAGUAUAGAAAACGAGAGGAAGAUCUCAGGUCGCUCUUCGAGCAGCUUGAACGAAGCGACGACCAGAAUGAAGCCAAUCAGCGCCAGGGUUUACAAAAAUCGAUUCUGGCUGCAAGCUGUCGCCCAGAUAAGCAGGUCUGUCGGAGAGAAGAUAUAUUGCCGCUUGCGAUGGCCAAACGCGUAUGUAUUCCGGUCGGUCGCACACUCUCCUACCCUUUCAGCGUCCGUGAUGCUCCUCUUUUGUCACAGGCUCUGCGGUUUAUCGGUCGAGGCAUGAGAGGAGCUCAAGCGCUUGCGUCCAAUCUGUUGAGAGGAUACCUCUCAAAGUCUUCUCGGAAGGCAUGAGAGGCAGGCGACUGAGGCGUGCAGCGACCAACGAG